AAAAUAAGGAAAAAGAGGGAGUAUAUAUUUUUAUUUAUUUUCCAUGGAUAAUAAUGAACAGACGAUAUAAGUCUGGAAACAGAAUUCUACUUAAAUUCUGGUACUGUACAGAGAAUCGAAGAAAGAGUAAAGCAGGCGUUUCAGAAAUCCUUUUUCGCAGUGUUUGUUAAUUACCGCUACAAAGGUACAGCAAAGCCAUGGCCAAGAGCUCAUUCAAGUUGGAACACCCCUUGGAAAGGAGGCAGGCAGAAUCAGCUCGUAUUAGGGAGAAAUAUCCUGAUAGAAUACCAAUUAUUGUGGAGAGGGCUGAAAGAAGUGACAUACCCGACAUUGACAAAAAGAAAUAUCUGGUUCCUGCUGAUCUGACUGUUGGCCAAUUUGUAUAUGUGGUCCGCAAGAGAAUAAAGCUUGGUGCUGAGAAGGCUAUAUUCAUCUUUGUCAAGAACAUUUUGCCACCCACUGCUGCCCUGAUGUCUGCGAUUUAUGAGGAAAACAAAGAUGAGGAUGGCUUCCUGUACAUGACCUAUAGUGGGGAGAACACAUUUGGUGAAUCAUUCUGAAGUGCAUUGGGGCUUAAAGUCAUGUUACCGAGAGUGUGGGAAGACAAUGAACAAAUGUAAAUUCUCUUUCUGUUCUUACCAUGGGCACCCAUGUUGAAACUUUCCAUGAUGCUGCCCGUUCUUUUAGAUUUGGAUAUUCAACUGCUGCUAAAGUAAAUAUUUGUGAUUUGUCUUGGUGAAGUUCCCACGCUAAUGAAGUUAUUCUAUUAAACUUUUCUUUCUUCUUA